AUGAAUAAUAUCCUAACAAGGUGUGGUAGUUGGGUCUUACUGAUUGGAGGGUCAACAGGUACCAUGCUGGAAGCUUUACAAGUUGUAGGUGAUGGCCAUGGUGGUCCCUUGGGCGAAAGCUUUGAAGAGGACAAUGGCUACAUAGCUCCUUCUUAUGAUGGGGAACCAUCAUCUGGGAACAGGCUCAAGAUGAAACUCAAAGAAUUUCACAAGAGCACCUCAUCAUUCACAGCAUUAGAUAGGAAUUACCUCACCCCAUUCUUUACAACUCAAAAUGGAGAUGAAGAAGAGCAAGGUUUGAGUUUGUUCGUUUUUUUGUGGGGGACGAGGGAGGAUUUGGGAGGCAAUCUUUUAUUUUAGGGGGCAAAAAGGCUAUGGGGUGGGUGCUAUAGGUAUUUUUUGUGGUGAAUAUUUUAUUUUGGUUUGGUUUUCAUUGUAAAUUGCUAUCGUGCCUUCAUGUUGCAUUUAAAUGUUUAAUUAUCGUGCUCAUUUGUGGGAUCUAAGAGUAGUGACUCAUACUUGUCAAUAGUUUCCUUGUCAUCUGAUGCAAAUCUAUGAUUUAUACUGUUUUAUUUACAUGAAUAGCGCUUCUUUGAUGCUUAACAGAUGAGCCAAUUCCCAGUUCUGGAAGAGGGGAUUUUCAUGGCCAUGACUGAAUUUCCAAGCAACACU